UAGUGCAUUGUUGAGUAGCUCGCGAAGAAUUAUUUUUGAUUGCGAAUGAUAUGGCUAAAUAAGUAUCGUAUAUGUCCAUAAACUGAAUCAGAAUAUUAAUGUGGAGGGGAAAUAGAGUUGGAUAAAGUGAGAUGGUUCUAGUAAUAGCCCCGGUUUGGUGCGGCAAUGAAACCUGGAGAUGGGCAUUGGUCAAGUCAGUGACCAGCACGUCAAGUCUGACAAGUCAGUAAUGAAUUUUUUCCGUGUAGGGCCUAUUUAUGGGAGACCUUAGGUUGCUUGAGUUAGACAGCAUGUGAUGAAACAUGAGUGCCUCAAGGAGUUUCUCUGUAGCCUCACUGUAUGUUCAUUGGCCGUACUGCAAGCGGAGAUGCACUUACUGCAAUUUCAACAAAUAUGUGAGCAAGUUCGUGGACCAUGAGCGGAUGCGAAGGUGUCUGGUGCGAGAGCUGAAAACUGUACUGGGCCUGUCCGGAGUCAGCUCUGUGUCCUCUGUCUUCUUUGGUGGAGGAACACCGAGUCUCGCAGAACCGAGAACAAUAGAGUCGGUGUUGACCGCAGUGAGGCAAACAACGGCAAUGGCCGAAGAUGCAGAGGUCAGUAUGGAGGUCAACCCUACAGCCCUGGAGAUUGACAAACUCAAAGAAUUUCACCUUGCUGGAGUGAACCGAGUGUCCAUUGGGGUUCAAACCUUGGACGGAAGAGGUUUGGCCAUCCUUGGCCGAGAUCAUUCAGCACAGGAUAGUCUGAGGUGCUUGGAGGCUGCUAAAAAGCUGUUCCCAAACCAGGUGUCUGUUGAUUUAAUAUUUGGCUGGCCGGGUCAAGAUGUGGAGAUGUGGCAACGAGAACUGAACCACAUUCUCGGUGUGUGUGACAAGCACAUCUCACUGUACCAGCUGACACUGGAGCGAGGGACGCAGCUCUUUAAACUUGUGCAGUCAGGGCAAGCAAGUGUUCCUAAUGACCAACACAUGGAGGAGAUGUACCUGCAAGCUGUUCAAAUUUUGGCUGACAACGGAUUUGAAAGAUAUGAAGUCUCUAAUUUUGCCAGAGAGGGCUGCUAUGGUCAACACAAUUUGUCUUACUGGACCGGUCGGCCGUACAUUGGCAUUGGACCAGGAGCCCAUGGCAGAUUCAGGCCAGGCGACCGACAGCUGCAUGAGGCUCGAGUCCAGACGUUGGAGCCACCUGACUGGAUGUGGGAGGUGGAAAAAUUUGGGCACGCCACCAGAAAAGCUACACCUCUGUCUGUCAUACAACAACUGGAGGAACUUUUGAUUGUUGGCCUGCGGACAAAAUGGGGCAUCUCCAACCAGAUGUGGCAGUCAGUUAGCCCUGAGACUAACAUGAUGGAAAUACUUGCAGAGUCAAUGGAAAUUCAGCAGCAUUUUCAAAAUGGCUUAUUAGAGUUGGACAAAAUAGGCCUGCGAGCUACGAGUGCAGGGAUGAAUGUACUGGACAGUAUUUUGCCAGACUUGCUGAAUGCCCUGGACUCACACCACACAGCACAUACCUCACCGUUCGCCCAGGACCCAACGUGACAGUUACUUGAGUUAGCAGCACAUAGUUCACAUAGCUCACCACUAGCCCAGGACCCGACGUGACAGUUAGCAGCACAUAGUUCACAUACCUCACCACUAGCCCAGGACCCAACGUGACAGUUAGCAGCACAUUCGCCGUUUUUAUCUGGCUGUGUUCAUAUUGACUCUUUAACUUUUAACGACCAAACUUGUCAUUCUGCUGCAUCAAUCUCUGCUAAAAUGUCAAAUUGCCACUUCUUCCCAAUUCAUAUGAAUCUGCAUAUUAUAUUAUGAAUGGGAUAUUUUGCCUGAAAUAAAUGAGCAUUGGUUAAAUCCCACACAA